UUGCCUGCGAGGACAAGCGUUUAAUUGUCUUGCUGGAAACAGACACUGAAAUGAGACUGAAGACAGUGCCCUGCUUUCUUUAGUAAACUUACCUUAAAGUUCUCUUUAUGGCGUUUCAAAAUGUCAGACUCUAACUUGAGGAACGAAAGCAACUAUGGGAUCUAUUUUACUGACGCUUUCAAUGGAUCUGUUUUGGAGCGAACGUUUCCAAACGACAGCAUCUCGACAUGUAGGAACUUCACACUGGACUCGCAGGUUGUCGGGGUUGGGAUCUUUCUCUCCGUUUUUAUUUUGGUUGCAAUUGUUGGGAACAUUCUGGUCAUCCUGUCGGUGGUGUGCAAUAAACAUUUGCAGACUGUCACAAACUUCUUCAUUGUUAACUUAGCCAUGGCAGACCUGCUGCUGAGCAUUAUUGUGCUGCCUUUCUCUGCAUCUUUAGAGGUUCUGGGAUGCUGGGUGUUUGGCCGAGUUUUCUGCAACAUCUGGGCAGCGGUGGAUGUGCUCUGCUGCACCGCAUCCAUCCUCAGCCUCUGCAUCAUCUCCAUAGACCGGUACAUAGGGGUGAAACACUGCCUCAAAUACCCGAGCAUAAUGACAGAGAGGAAGGCGGUAGCUAUUUUAGUUCUAGUGUGGGUCUCGUCCACGGUCAUCUCUGUCGGACCGCUCCUGGGAUGGAAGGAACCGCCGCCUGUGGACGACAGCAUCUGCAAGAUCACGGAGGAGCCGGGCUACGCGCUCUUCUCCUCUCUCUUCUCUUUCUACCUCCCGCUCAUGGUCAUCCUCUUCAUGUAUUUUAGGGUCUAUGUGGUGGCCCGCAGGACUACUAAGAGCCUGGAAGCGGGCGUCAAGCGAGAGAGAAACAAGUCGAUGGAAGUGGUCCUGCGGAUACACUGUCGCAGCGUGCUGGAGGACGCGCGUCCUGCCAGCAGUUCAAAGAGCAACAAAAACCACCCGUUCAGAAGUUCGCUCUCGGUGCGGCUGAUGAAGUUCUCCAGGGAGAAAAAGGCGGCUAAAACCCUCGCCAUCGUUGUGGGGAUGUUUAUCCUCUGCUGGCUGCCCUUUUUCUUCUUUCUGCCAAUGGGUUCCUUCUUCCCGGCACUGAAGCCAUCUGACACUGUGUUCAAGGUAGUCUUUUGGCUGGGCUACUUCAACAGCUGCAUCAACCCCAUGAUCUACCCGUGCUCCAGCAAAGAGUUCCAGAGGGCUUUCACUCGGCUCCUCAGGUGCCAGUGUCACCAAAGACAGAGGGUCCUUCGCCGCUUCUAUGACCAGAGGUGGCGGACAGCUGUCAAAGGAAAGACAAGGGAUCAGAGAGCAGACUAUAAGCCUGGCUACACUGUACAUGAAUCCUGUGGCAGCUCAUUGUUACACAAGGGGAAAGGGCACUCGCUAGGUUUCAAAGGAUGGAGUCUGUUUCCACCCCUGCAAAAGUCUUCUGUCCAGCUCAAAAAGAAAGUGAACAAUCUGUCAAAUAAAAUUAAAGGAGGGACAGGAAAAGGUACCACACCUGCAGUGGGACGGAUUGAUAUAGUAGACACAGUCUCCAUGGGGAUUUACAACUCCUGUGAGCAGAACAGUUAUCAGUUCUAUGAUCUGGCAGACUGCUAUGGCCUGAAAGAGACUGACAUUUAGAGGGUCAUCACAGAAUCUUUUAUUUAUUUUCAAAGGGCCAUAUUGGACCAACAUGCAAGAAAGACUAAGAUAGGGCAUAAUUUUGUGUUCACAGAUUAUCUGAGAAUCAAAGCUUGACUGAAGCUAUGGACUGAGAAUGAUGGCUUGACCCCAGCACAAACAAGACUAAAAUUUUAUCUCAAUCCCUCAUGACCAUCAUGUUUAUUUAGAUGAAAAUUCUCAUGAACUGCUUAAAGGACCCAAAGUAGCUAACUCCUUGGACUUUAUUUUCAUUGACAUUACACAGCUCACAGCUGACAGGUGUAUGCACUUUUGGUAAGACUUUAACAUAAACCAGUGUCAUUAUUACUGUCUCCAUGUCUUUAAGUAUUAGCCAGCUGAUACUGUGUGAUGACUCCCAUUGAAUGGUGACUGCUUUGUUUGAUGUUCAGCUGAUUUGAAACAAAAAAAAGAAUAAAAAAAAAAAAACACUAUUACAAAAUGUAACUUUUAAGCUCUAACAGAGCAAAGUUAGAGUCAUAAGUGCAAUUUUUAAUGUUGAAUGAAUUACGGUAUUUCAUGUGCCAUUUUUCUGUUUUGACAAAGCAUUGUAAAGAUAAGAGGCCAGCUGAAAACAGAGAUGCUGCACAGUAUUUAUUUUAAAAGUUGGAUUUAUAAGUUCACUUGGCAUUGAUAUGCACACUUGUUUGCAUAAACAACCAUUAUCUCAGUGCCAUGGGAUAACUUUAUGAAUUGGCGCUAUAUAAUUAAAAUUGAAUUGACUUGUGUCGACAUGAGUUUACUUGGCCCACCUAACUGUAAUUUGCUCUGCCAAGUGAGUGCUAAUGUGAAAUAAAUAUGCUUUUUUUGUAUUUUCUGAUUUUAUGUUAAUGUCAAAUGAAAUGUAAAAUAAAAAG